GCCAUUCGCGUUUUUCACGCUGGAGGCACUGGGAGCGAGCUAGGCUCGUCGUAGCGGCACAACCUCUCCACACUGGGAAGUGGCCCGAUUUUUUGGGGACGACCGCGUUUAUUUCGGAGAGUCUGCGUUAAAAAGAAACACAAGAAGUGAAGCAGAAACCCCGCCGCCGGCUCAGAGGAGAACUUCAGCAGACAGCGGCGGCGUGUACUCCUGAAGAGCCAAGCCCCCUCGACGAAAAAGGUUUCCAAAAACGCCGUCGGCGCUGGAGCUACCCCACCAUGUUUUGCGCGCUCCCUCGAUCGGUGAAUAUUCCGUGUGUGCUGGUGCGUGCUUGAGUGUGCGAGCUCCCGUGAUCCUCCGAUGUGAUUCCCGUUCCAUCGUCAAAAGCAUCCAUCCAUCGUGCGUUUGCGGAGACGCUGACGGUGACGUGCCGAAGUUUGGUCGUGUUGUGUGUGUGUGUUUGUGACGACGUGAUCCGAAGCAGGAGAUCGACGAAGUAGGGACGAAGUUGUGACGAAGUAGGAGAUCGACAACAUCGGCACGGAGCCUCUGCUGGAUCGCUUGGAGUUAGCAUGAUCACCGAGGCCACUGCCACCGGCAACCUAACCUAACCAUCACAUGUUUCCCGUGUGCGGUGCGAAUGCUUUGGGUGUCGCGUCCACGUACUAGAACGCAUCGACGUGCGCCAGCGGCAGCAGAUAUGCGUGUUGCGGCGGGCACCUAGUUGCGACGAGGCGCCUUUUCCCGCCGUGACUUUAGCCGGCACCUGCCGACAGCGAUGAAUACCUCGCUCAAGUCUUCCACCACGGAGUGUCGCAAGUUCGCGCCCAACAUAUUCAACAAGUCCAAGUGUCAAAACUGCUUCAGAACCAAGGAUGCGCACUCGGCCGAAGCGCUCGAAAGUAACAGGGCCACUCGGAAGGUGUCAACCUGUGGCUACCUUUUUGUGGCCCCUGACUGGGACUUCUCGCAGGCGGUCAAUCGGACAAGGAGAUGGCAGAGGCGCUGGUUCGUCCUGUACGACGAUGGAGAACUGACUUACUCGGUGGAUGAGCACCCCAACACAAUCCCGCAGGCGGUGAUUGACAUGACCAAAGUGGUGGCUGUGGCUCAUGCCGAGGAGCUCACCGGGAACCAGUUCUCCAUCGCCAUCACCACUCCGGAUAAGGUCCACUUUGUCAAGGGCACGGGUCGUGAUGACAGCAAGUGGUGGUUUGACGUGCUGUCCCAGUUUCCGAGCAACAUGGUGCGCAACAAGAACAAGCACAACGCCUGCAACCUGGCACUCGCCAAGUCUGCACCAUCCGUCAACAUCCUCUCGUGUCAGAAGCAGUAUGAAGAUCAUGGACUCGGGAACCGGGAGAACUACCGCAACGGAAGCAUAGACGCUCAACCUACGCAGCAGUCGCUGGAGAUUCGGAGCAACGGAACGACGAACUCAGUCUCAACGAACAACCGCGAGGCACAUGUUCCCCACAAUGGAGUGCCACUCUGCAGGCUUGACAGCGGCGGGAGCAACAGCAGCAGCAGUGUGGCUGCCUACACGGACGCGGACGCGCUCGCCAAGAGUCGCAGCCGCCGCUACCUCAAGCGGGAGAGCCGGGGGCUCAAGAGCCAGCGGAGCCGCUCCGACGGCGUGGCCAAGAUGGUGCCCGCGUCUCGCGCUUCGGAGCUGCUGCCGGCGGAGUGGGCCGGAGAGCGGGACCACCCGCGGAGCGGCUCCAGCGGCAGCCCGCCUCCGUGUCCGUUCCUGCACAACCCCGUCUACCUUCUUCUGGCGGAGCCGCAUGCCAAGGCCACCUCUGGCACCAAAGAGACCAAGACGAAUGUGUCGAUGGCUCAGCAGCUUCUGCUGAGCCGGUGGCAGAAUGAUGCCAAGGGUCUUCCGCCGUCGCCCAACCUCCUCCACCAGGAAAACCACCGCUCGUGGCGGACGGACGAGAGUUCGCGGCGGGACGGUGGGGACGGGGGCUGCGCCGUGCCGCAUUCGCCUCCCUGUCGCGACCUGCCGCAGUGGAACGUCGUGCUGCCCGGCAGUGGGACCUCUCACGAAAAGCAUGCGUCGCGAGGUGUUCCAGACGGCUGUGGUCAGGGAAGUGGCACCUUGGAUGCACCGGCGUGCGACGGCGGGAUCGGCCAGCUCAUGGGUGACAGCUUGCCCGAGGAUCUGUUUGUCAAGAAAGGCUGGUUGAUGCGGCUUGGCUCGGAUGGCGAAUGGUCGAAGCACUGGUUUGUUCUCCGAAACACCUCCUUGACGCAUUUCAACGACCCAUCCGCGGAGGACUCUGGUGACCCCAGUGCCACCCUCGACCUGCGCUUGGUGCAAGAGGUCAAGGAGGUUGACCUGGACCGCAACUACGCCUUUGUCAUUGUGCUGUGGGAAGCAGAGGAGGUCAUUCUCUGUGCCGUUACUGCUGGCAUUCGCACCAACUGGGUACAGGCGAUUCGUCAGGCGGUGAGAAACCGAAGCAGCAUGAGCAUCCUUUCUAAAGACACGUCGGUGCCUGCUCUGGGGACGUCGACAGUGGCAACACCGACAGCGGUGGCUCAGGUGGUGUCGUCUUCGCCGGCGCCACCCACCCUCGCCGCCUUGGAAGGGCGGCCUCCUCACGAGACGUCGUCGAGCGACGACCACUCGGAGUAUUUCUCCAUCGUCGACGAGGACGAAGAAGACGUCGUGGAGGAUCCAUCGCGGACACUUCCACCGUCCCCGCCGCUCAACCGCACGGCUAUAUCGAGGGUGAAAGAGCGAGCCCGAUCCCGGUCAAACUCACGGUCUCGGCAGAGUCGGCGGCUCCGGUCGCCGCAGCCGACUCAGGGAGGUGAGCCAGCCGGAGCCGGUUUAUCGCAGGAACCGGAAGAGACGGCUCACAGCGACCGUUCGAGCAGCUGGGACCCCACUGUGGGCAUAGAUGUUGUGGAUUCGAAGCCUCCCCUUGACACAGGCCGUUCCGCAACACCAUCAAAAACUGACGCAACUACCUCCACGAGUGUUACUUUGACGGAUGCUACGCCGGCUUCUGCGCGAAGGCCUCCAGUGGCACGAACUUCUCGCCGGUCCUCAUCGUUGCGGGAGUUGCGGACGAAGAAGCUGGAGUCGCGGUGUUCCGAGCUGGAAGACCAACUGAGGGCACGCGACCGUGAACUCGGACAGCUGAGGAGCGCGCCACACGGUGCGGCGAGCUUUCUUCUGAGAGGCCUGCCGAACGACGAAGUCCUGACGCGCUCUCUGGAAAACCUCGAGACGUUCCUCACUGUCAGCAUCGAGAAGUUGAGCCGGCUGAAAGAGCAGCUGCGGAAGACCGCAGAAGAAGGGGCGACCGGAGGCGAGAGCCUGCGGAACAUCUGGGGAGAGCUCGAGAGCCUGAUCUCCGAGAACAGCCGACGGGUCGAGGCGACGACACGUGCUCUGCGGAACUCGGCCACCCUGGAAGUGGAGGGGAAGCUGGCACGCGCCGCGGAAGAGGCGUGGGUGCUUCGACGCGAGCUGAAGAGGUCACAGGACGCAUUUGACGACCUCGAGCUCCGCUGCCUCGCGCUCAAGCGGGACGCCAAGAACACCGAGGAGCUCCACGCUUCGCAGCUGGCUCUGAUGACAGCUCGCAUUGACGACCUCACAGCGAAGCUCGCCCUGUCGGAGAAAGCUCAGCGCCAGCUUCGACAGCGACUGGCACGUGCCGACUCCAAACAGGAGAAGCGUCGACUCUCGCUCAAGGGCAAGGAAGCUGCCGCUGCCGCCGCGGCGGCUGCGGCGAGUCCUUCGAAAGAGCUCGAGGUGAAGCUGACGCACUUGGAGCACAAGCUCGCUCUUCUUGAGGAGGCGUUCCAGGGUCCCGUCAACGAGGCCGCGUCCGACGCCUCUGCUCCGGAUGACCUCAAUGCCGACACGCCGACGGGCCGAAGGUCGUCCCUGGACAGCCUCUCUGGUGACCAACAGAGCCUGCUGCUCCGCGUCCAGCUCAUGGAUCAGAGGCUUCAGUCGGCGUUGGAUCAGCCGAAGACCCUGGCACGGCCUCGGAUUUGCCUCCAGACGGAGGCUCUCGACGGAGGUGGGGCCGGCGACGGAUGGAGUAGCUUGUCUCUGGCAACAAGCGUGACCGACCUGCGGCUUCCGGAACACGGUGGCGAAUCACCUCCGGCAAGCUACCGGGAAUGUCUAGAUUCGUUAGAUGCAAGGCUCGAUUCGCUCUUGGAAUGGUUACACGAAGCGCUUACCUCACUCCGUGAAUCGGGCGUGAUGGGUUCUUUUCCCAAACAUCUUGUAGAUCGCAUUGGUAUCAGGGACACGACGUCGGAAGACGGCAACAAGGACCGCUUGGCAAGGAACCUGCUGCUCCUGAAGGAUGUCGGCUCGAAGCUGACGGCAGCGGCGGGCUUUCAGAUUCACUUCUUCGGCAACUUGGCCACACACCUCAGAGAGACGUCCCUCAUCCUCUUCUCCCUGGAGGAGAGGUUCGACCAAGCGGCGUGCUCACACGACCUCAGGCUAGUCACUUCUGGAAGUAAUAAGUCGUGGGACCCUUUGGGAGAGGCCUCGGGUCACUGCCAGCUUGCGGAACUGGAGGGCUCGCAUUCCGGUGGUGACGCCAUCAUCGCCGAGGUCGAGGAGCUGUCGUCGCGCCUCAAGUCGCUGGGAAGCGCGGCGGAGCGCUUCAACAAGAGCCGCCGGAUCCUGGUAGUCCAGAGGCUCUCAGAGUGCCUCGACAUCCACCCGACAUCAGACCUGGAGCCGGAUGCGCUCCAGAACGUGGCGGAGCAAGAAGCCGUCCUGGGUGCAGUCAUGGAGGCGCUGUCGGCGGCAAGGGCCCACGUCAGCGACACUCUCUGCCAGAGCCUCUGCUUGUACUCAGGGACCAUUUCAACGUCGUCGGCAGACGCGCCGUCGCUAUUGCGGCAGCUCGAGGGCGCGAUGAGGCAGGAAUUCCUGAAGGUGCGCGGAGAACUGCGAGCUUCGUGCCUGGCCGAGCUGGAGAGUUACUGCUCCGCGAACCUUCCGCGCGACGUCCUCGACAGAGAGCUUGUUCCCGUAGUCCGCGACCUCGCCACCGCCAACUGCGUUUCGGCCGUCCUGAGGGCAUACGUGUCUCACGUCGAAGAGGUGGUGCGGCAGUGCACAAGGGCACUGCAUCGAGACGAGCAGGCGGCAGCAGCGGCUUUGCCGUCCGCGGAUGAUGCGGAAGCAGAGAAGACGGUGCAAGAGCUCUGCGACAGGGCAGCAGCCGUGGCGGAAGGUGCGCCAUCUCUGCUGCGGAACUGGCUGACACAAUGUCUCACUGAGGAGGACCCGCGCGGAGAUGGGCUGGGCGCAGGUGUGGCCUGUGUGAACUCGACCACGGACGUCACGGAUGCGCUGGAGCGACUUAGUGUGAGACUGCGCGAGGAGCGGGAGGGCCACAGGCAGCGGGUGCUCGCACUUCAAGACCGCCUGGAUGCUACGCAGCGGGACUGUGAACGGCUUCUCAAGUCUGGUUGUGCCACCUGCCGAGGCCUCCGAGAGCAGACAAAGGCGUUGGCGCAGCGUGCGACCGAGCUGGAGCGCGCCGCUCGAGACGGGACCCUGUGCGAGCGCUGCCCGGCACAGCAGGAGCAGCUCCGGCGCCUCGCCAAGGAGCACUCUCGUGAGCUCGCCGAGCACGAGGCCUCAGCACGAGAGGAGUUUCAGGACCACAUUCGCUGUCAGGAAGCCAACCACCAGAGAGAAGUCCAGCGGUUGGAGGCCGAGCUGAAGGCGGCAAAGAACCAACUGCAGCGCCUUCAGGAGGAGCAGGAGGAGCGAAUUGGCAGCCUACGCGAACUGUACCAGCAGAAGCUGUCCCAGGGAUUGGAGGUUGUUGACGCUGAGGCCGUGCGGCAGCGCUGUCGGCCCGAGAUGGAACAGCUCAAGCGCCUUUGCGAGAAGGGCUUGGCGGCACUGGAGGCCUCGCACGGGCGGCUCGUGGCCCAGCUCCAGGAGCGGCACCAGGCCGAGAUCGAGCGGCUGCGUGCCGAGCGAGACCGUGCGCUGGCCGAGGAGACCAAGGCAACUCUGGCCGCUCUCAACGCAAUGCAGAGAGCUCAUCAAGAGGAGCUACAUCGGGAGAUCUCCAACUUCAAGGAGGACUACGCGCAGCAGAUGCGCCACGGACGGGACACGGAAUGCCUCCAGAGGGAGCAUCAGGAGGAGCGUGAGCACAUCAAGCAAGAGAUCCUGUCCCUGUCCGAGAAGUAUUCGCUCAAGUGCCUCGAGAAGGCAUCUCUCGAGGAGCGGCUGCAGCGAGCCGGACAGCAGCUUCAGGAGGCCAAUUACCAGGUGCUGGACCUACUGGCUAGGAACAAGCAGUUAGCGUCGCACUUGGGUCUCCAGAUCCUCCAGCGGGAGCAGGCAGUUCCGUCGGACAACUCGACUGAAGCCCUCGAGAAGUUGCUGCAGCUGCGCGACAGCCAACUCGUACAGCAGCGUGAGGAGAAUGCGCAGAUACUGCACUCCCUGCAGCUCGCCAAGACGAAGAUAAACCAGCUGAAUAGCCAGUGCCAGCAGCUGAGCAGCAGCCUGCGUGCGGAGCGCAGCGCGCACCAGGCCGAGGCGCAGCGCCUGCAGUCACGCCUCGACGGUCUGGUCGCCCCUUCCGACGAUGGAGCGGCAUCACAGUCAACGUUGCAGCAGUGUCGACCCGUGCCGGAGCGCCGUUCCUCCCUGGUGAUCCGGAAACAGGCCCAGGCUCCGCUGGCCAAAAGUGACUCCCACAAGAGUUUCGGUCGUCCCGAAGCGACCACCAGUGCACACAGCAGCUGAAGCGCCGACGAGAAGAGAACUUCGACUGACAGUUGUCCGUCAGCACGCCUUCUACUUCCCUCUGUCUCUGCUGGUCAGAGAAAAAACAAAAUGUGACUGUACACAGCCUGACUUGCACCACAUACACAGCCGUCAGCAGUCAUGCCCAACCCAGAUGUUGUUGUUCCGUCGUCCCCUCCCCGUGUUUGAUGAUGUCCUCGCACGAAUUCGCGCCACGAACUUAUCGAUAGCGACCACAAGCGACCCUGGCACAAAAGCCAGGUUUCUUGGCUCUCUUUUUGUUAUAGGACGUUGACUUGUUUUUUUUUUCUUCGUUUCUCAUUCGUUCUAGUGUGAGUGUUUCUCGUUUCUUUUGUCCUUUGCACAAUCUUGUUCGCGUUUCGAAAUGUGCACGCACUCACAUCGGUGGCUCUCGAAUGAACUUCGGUCCACGGAACUUGUGACCGGUCGAUGACGGUCAGUUGCGUUGUGUUCGUGGCAAUGCUGUUUUCAUUGAAGACAGUUUUUUUUUUUUAUCGAUAAUGCAGCAAGUGUUGAGAACCUUGCUGUGCCCCCUUGCAGCUACGUUAGAGACUAACCAGGCAAUCUAGGGCGUGCGUUUAAGAGGGCACAUUGACUGGCGCAACUAACAAAGUGCCUUUUUUUUGUACAAACCAGGCAUUACAAAGCCAGGCUGCUCGAUAUCUUUUUGUUUCUUUUUUCAAGAAACAGCUUAGUUUUUCGCCUUUGCGGAGCAGCUAAAAGGAAACGCGCAAAAAAAUAUAUACAUUGUCGACAACACACCUACCCCUCUGUAGCUGCAAAGCGUGGUUUCCUUUUUUCUUAACCCUCGGCAUUCAGGCACACUACGAAGGGUUAGCUGGCAAACAAAACAUAUUCUAUGUCUACACACACGCAACCCAACACAAAGGAUAGGUAGAAAGAAAAAGAGUUAUAGAGAGAGUUUUAUAUAUUAUAAAUAUAUUUUUACAGAUGUUCCUUGUUAACAGAGCCAGUGACGGGGAAUGAAAGGACACGGAUUGUGUGUACAUAACGUCGAAGAACGCGACAUCGUCAUCAACCGAAAAGAAUCGCGGGAGGGAAAACGCUGGACUGUUGGAGAGAGCGUGUUGUUUUUUUUUGCGAAGGUCUGCUUAGCCAAGACGGGGGCGCGUCCCGUUCUUUCCGUAGUCCGCCGACUUGCGGUAAAGGGUCGCGCCCCCAGAGUUGGAUGCAUUGUUUUGCCGUCCAUAUAAGUUAGUAUAGCGUAGUAGUGAGCCUUAACAUUUGUUUUUUUUUUCGUUGCAUAGAGCAUGCGCGGUAGUUGUUCGCCGUUGCUACCAACACCACUGCUAGAUGGCGCUUUUCCGUCCAGGCAGCCGUACGAGGCGCUUCGUCGCCGAAACACCCACGACGGGCGCCGUAUCUACUCAGGUCUCCUUCAGAAAAAAGUUUGAAGAAAUAAAGAUAAUGAAAUAUGCCUCGG